CUCAUGAACUGUCAAAUGACACGGCAUGAGCUAACCCGCCCUGGUGUGUGCUGCAAACAAGAAAAAAUUAACAAUUUUCGCUUGCUCUGCUCAAUAAUUUAUCACUGCAAUUAAUUCAUAUUGCAACUAGUUUCACGCGUUCAGUUGGUUUGCCUUUUUCUGAAGCUCGCUAUGCACAAUCAGGCUAGCGUCAUCUAGAGCAAAGCCCGUCCUUCUUGCCCGAUGCGUCAAACUCGAUGUAUUUUUCCGAUGACAUGCGUCGGUGCGCGAGUGUGUGAAAAGCAAGCUGAAAAAAUUGCCGGGAAGUGUGGUCCGCGUUUUGGCUAAAGAAAGGAACGCGAAUGUUGUCGGGCACACCUUGUUGCAAAGCAAUUCGUCCUGCACAGGAAACAGCAUAACAGUGCAGCGUGUCGAAAACAUCCGGAGGAUUGGUAAAAACCGCGUCUAUUAGUGUUUAUUUUACCAUCGGAAAAGGUGCCGUACCAACGCCUAGACCGGGUGUGUGCGUGUAUGUUGUGUGGGAUUUUGUACAGUCGUGUACAGCCGCAAAACGAGCGAAAGAUAUUCGGGUGUUUAUAAAUCCGGAACGGCAUACACAUUCCGUACCGUAGGAAGUUCCGCCGUGUUGUAAAGUGUCGGCUUUCCGGCUAAAUUGAUCGACCGUGUGCUUAGCAUUUUGCAAACGACAGUACCCGCGUUUGUUGGUGGUGUGUGCGUGUGCAUCAGGCGGCAGAACGGGCACGGUAGCGGAACCUAUUUUCAAUGUGUUUGUCGUGCCUGUGUGACAGCAAUCUUUUAGUGGCGCGUGCUGGCGAAAAAUAACAAUCAAAACCGGCUUGUGGUUUUGGAAACGGCGAACCAACCGCUCGCUCAAGUGGUUUUGAUAAGUUUGCUGUAUACGCAUCGAAACACAUACAUACAUACAUACAUACAGAGACACACACGCAUACGUCGCGCUUUCUUUACGGUGGCAACCACAGUAGGCGGUAAGCAGCAACAUGGGCGCCUACCUUUCCGAACCACUGACGGUGAAGGAUUCGAGCGACGAGGCCAACGAAUCCUUGGCAUUCGGUUCCAGCUCCAUGCAGGGCUGGCGAAUCAGUCAGGAGGAUGCACACAACUGCAUACUGAAUUUCGAUGAGAAAAGCGCAUUCUUCGCGGUGUACGAUGGGCACGGUGGUGCCGAGGUGGCCCGAUACUGCAGCCUGCAUCUGCCCGCCUUUUUGAAAACAGUCGAAGCGUACGCACAGAACGACUUCGAGAAAGCGCUGAAGGAUGCGUUCCUCGGGCUGGAUGCGAUGCUGCUGAAGGAGAAGGUUAUCGAGGAGUUGAAGCUCCUGUCGAACAAAACGAACGACGAGGAAGAGGCGGACGAGGAAGAGGAAGAGGAGGAAGAUGACAAUGUGGAGGAUUUGUGCAAGGAAGCGGUAAUGCCUCUGAACGAGGUGCUACAAAAGUAUCGCAAAGACACGAAACCGGUCGACGGGGCGAAUCAGCGGGUGGUUGCACUCAAGGAGGGCAACUGCUCCAAACCGAUAUCGCCCUAUCUGAAGGGUAAACGGCGUGCUGGUUCAGCCGAUCCGGCAGCAGGAUCCAGCGAGAAACGGCCGCCCGUGCCGGUGGAAGCUGAUGCCGGUUCCGAUGCGGAAGCGGAUCCAGCCGGAGCAGCAGCAGUAGCGGAGGAGGAAGAAAGUAAGCCGGUCCUGCCGAAGGCAGAGAACACCGUUCCAGAUGCGGCUGAUUCGACUGUCAGUAGCUCGAGCAACAAAACGGUGGAACGUGUAAAAGAAACCACACCACAGCCGGAACCAUCUUCAUCGUCAUCGUCCACUGUGAAGGUUUCACCGGGUAAGGGUGAGACGGCGGAUGCUGCCGGUAGCAGUGCAACCAGAAAAGCGGAGCAAAGCAACGAAAUCAGCGAUACGGCUGGCAAUGUUGCGGUGAAGGUAAAAGCAACAGAUGAGAAGGUGGCACCGGUCCCAAGCGCAUCUGGCAAGGACAACUGUGCCCCGGACAGUUCAUCGUCGGAUGGGAGUAAGGAGCUGGGAAACAAACUGAACGGUGACGUUGGUAAGGUGGGCUCGUCCGGUGCCGUAUCCUCCUCAUCAUCAUCGUCGUCGUCCGGAUCGGCAGGUCAGGAGAACGGUGUUGCUGGAUCGGGUAGCUGUGACAGUGGUGGUAAUGUUGGUGGCUCGAACAGUGUAUCGCCAGCUGCCGCUAAGGUACACAGUAGUUCGGCUGCCGCAAAACCAUCACCGAAAAAUGGACCAUUGGCGGCCGAUGUUUCGAUGAGCAUGGAUGACACGGACGAUGAUGAUGACAGUGAUUCCGAUGAAGAGUUUCCCCAUGCUGGUGAACCGGCUGACGAUACUUCCACCACGGACGAAGGCGAAGAAGAUGCGUAUGGUGAGGAGGGUAGCGCCGAGGAAGAGGAGGAAGAACCGGAUGAGUACGCCGACUUGGGUGAUUACAUCAAUGAGGAGGACGCAGAGUUCAUGAAAGCCAUCACCGAUGAACCGGGAAAGGAUAGUGGAUGUACGGCGGUGGUGGCAUUGCUGCACGGAAAGGAACUUUACGUUGCCAAUGCUGGAGAUUCCCGGUGUGUCGUUUGCCGAAACGGGAAGGCACAGGAUAUGAGCUUCGAUCACAAGCCGGAAGAUAAGAUUGAGUUCGAGCGGAUAGAUAAGGCUGGCGGACGUGUAACGCUUGACGGUCGAGUCAAUGGAGGGUUGAAUCUUUCGCGAGCAAUCGGUGACCAUGGUUACAAAAUGAACAAAUCGCUCCCACCUGAAGAACAGAUGAUAUCGGCACUGCCGGACAUUGAAAAGAUCACCAUUGGUCCGGAAGAUGAUUUCAUGGUGCUGGCGUGUGAUGGCAUCUGGAACUUUUUAACUAGCGAACAGGUCGUACAGUUCGUACAGGAACGAAUCAACAAACCAGGCAUGAAGCUGUCAAAAAUUUGCGAAGAGCUUUUCGAUCAUUGCCUAGCACCACACACGCGAGGGGAUGGUACGGGUUGCGACAACAUGACAGCCAUAAUCGUUCAAUUUAAGCCGAACUUUACCGGUGGAGCAUCGCGGAAACGUACCGCAACGAGCGCAAUGGCCGGUUCCGUCGAUGAGAGCGAUGCGGACGCGGUUUCGUCCGCCACGAAAAAGGUAAAAACCGAUGCGACGAAUGCCGCGGGCGAUGAUGCUUCGUCGACGACGGAAACGACAGACGGCAGCAAUGGAGUGUCCGCCGGCAAGGAUGCAAACGCAACGGAAGAAACAGAAGCAGCCGCGGCUGUCGCUUCGAUCGCGGAUGACGUCAUGGCCGUAGAUGUGGCCACCUCGGAAGCUGCUUCAUCUUCGACGUGAACUCGUGUUUAGUGCGUGUGGUUCGAUGGUCGAUAGAAGUGGAAAAUAGUAUCCCCAUCGUCGUUGAUUUGGAGUGUCAGAAGGAGGGGGCGUCUGGCACUAGUUCAGUAAAUAGUAACUCGCAAUUCAUUUUUCAUACACCCAUCAACUCGCGUUUAAGAGACAGAAAAAGUUUCCCUGCACGUGAGAAGUUGCCCAAUGAUAAAUUAACGGCAUUGGCGCACAGCUAAGAAGAGAGAGAGAGAGGGGGGAAAUCCUCACGAAAGGUAUGAAUCGUAAGAAAAAAUCCCAGUAUAAAUUCGUUCGUCUUUCACGAACAUCACCACUGCACAUCCCACUUAAAAAGGGCAAGGGAUUAAGGGUUUUUACCUCACAAACGGGAUUACAAUCCGAUUUUUAAUUUUCCGAUCGGCUUUAUUUCAGUAUUCCCUUACAAAAAAAGAAGCAGAAUCGUAAAAUGGUCAACAAUCAGCUAAUGCUGAUCCACCGGGGUGGGGAGAAAAAGUAGCGGGGUGUGUUAGUUUGUAGUUUCUUCCAAUGUUCUUUUAAUUUAUCGAAAAAAAAAAACAUCUGUUACAUGGUAGAGCGAUAAGACAUGAAAGCAAAAACAGUAGACCGAUAGGUUUCGGUUUCGGAAUGAAUGUCGCCAUAAUCGGAAAAUCACACCAUACAAGGAUACAAUACAUCUUUACUUCAUGGCGAGCGUCUCGGCGAUGAUUGCGUUUCCAUUGCAGAGCACGCAAAAUUCCGUACGCACGAGAGUAAAUCCCGCCAAACGCGGGAUAUGUUUGCAAACUGUUUUCAUCGUCUAUAUAGUUGAGUGGUUGAGUGUAAAUGGAUGAAAGGAAACACUGUAGCCGUAAGCGUGACAGAACUAACAAAACAAAAAGGAAGAAACCCCAGCAAGAACAUAUAACUCCAUACAUUCGGGGAAGAAUUAAACAAAACUGUAACCUAGAGGAUGUGUUUUUAGCGAUCAAUCGAUGUGAAACGUGAACACUCACCGAGAGAGCCCACAUUUGGUUUAGAAUUAAUGGACGGCAGAUAAAUAUUCGGUGGGCACGUAACGAGCGAAAGGGAAUCACAGAAGUAAUACAACAUGCCGUUGUUGAAAUAAAUGAACCAUUAAAUGUA